GGAAUCUACCAAACGUUACGACCUCAGGAGCGACGCCUCGAUCAGGAAUGACUUUCAGACCACCUUCCAGGACGGGGAGGACACUGUACGCCGUCAGAACGAGGGCUAAAGGGCCAGUGAUUCCCGAAGAACCAGCCAAGGAUGUUCCUGAACCAAGUGGAGAGAAGGAAGUUGUGGACGUUCCAGAGGAAGAGGAUGAUGAGGAUGACAGGUUGAGGAAAGAGGAGGAUGAGAAGGCUGAACAACGAGCCAAAAAGAGAGGUGUCAAGCGUGAUACAGACAAGGCACAAGAAGUAAAAAAGAAGAAGUACGCCGUCAGGGUGGAAGAAGACUUCGAUGUGGAAGAGAUAAUGAACAGGAUACUCGAAGGUCAUAAUCAUCUUAUGAACCUGAAGGAUGUCCUGACCUCAGCGCCUAGACUUAGGGAUGAGUUAAGAGCGAGACUAUCCAGGAAGAUGGGAUCUCAAAGGCAGUACAAAAAGGUAGAUCAAAAGUGCCGCCCUGUUCCAGUGCUCGUAGCUGAGGAAAAGGAAGUAUACUACGAGCGGGAGAGAGAAUUGAUACGGCAGAUGCGGGAGAAUGCUGAGAGUAUGCUAUGUCGUAUCAACCUGGAGACCGAGAAGGCGCUGAUUAUAGGGGAGCCUGGCUUCCUUACAGCGCAGGAAGAGAAGCUUAUGGUGGACACCAUAAGAGGAAAGCACACUGCAUAUGCCUUCAAUGAUGAUGAGAGAGGACGUCUGGACGUGGAUAAAAUCCCCAUGAUUAGGAUACACACCGUGCCGCAUGAGCCGUGGAAUUUGCGGGGUGCACGAUAUCCUAAUCCAGCUGAUGAGGAAAAGCGAAUUCCUGGGACCAAGAAUAGGGCGGACAGGCUGAACCGAGUCGACUGGGACAAGAACCAUCAAGGAGUGAUCGAGGAUACUCCACCGGUUGACGGGUUCCUGGACAGCGAGGAGAAUGUAAGACUUCACAUCAACUCCUGGGCAUUAACCGUAGGUAAGUAUGUUACUCCUUGGCGGCCCGUAUGGCUUGCGCCUCCAGGACAUGUGCGACGGCCAAACUUGGUCCUCAAACCUUAUAUUGAAGAGGAUUCUUGGGGAAUGUCGGGCGUAGGUUGGAUGAUGGAGCUGGCCUUAGCAGGUAAGCACGAGCUACAGGAAGACCCGCUUAGAAUUGAAAAUGGGAUGCUACAAGUGGGUAAGCACGAAAAGAUGAUAGGUGGGGUGUACCUGCUGACAAAUGCGCUGCUUCAGGAAGAGAUGGUCAGAAAUACGGUACUAGACCAGGAAGAGGAGAUAGAGCCGGGAGGAGGUGACAACGUGAUUCAUGAGAGAGAAGAUGAUGACUUCGAAGAGGGGGAGAUCAAGGAAGCGUUUCGAGCAGAGGAGUAUGAGGGAGUAUACCUUGAACUCGGCAUGCUUCUUUCGUGCGAGAUAAGGGAAAGGGAUGCCUGCGCGAUAGUUCUGAAAAUGAGGCCAAACUUCCUGGUAAGGGAUGACCAUCUGUUCAUGAGGAGCAAACGAAGGGAUCCCAGGAGAGUAGUCUGCGGCGUCGCUCGCCAGAUUGACAUUAUGGCGGCACUGCACGACGGUACGGCAGGUGGUCACAAAGGUGCGGAUACGAUAUACGUGAAGAUCCACGAGUUGUACUAUUGGGAUGACAUGGGGCAGAUGAUUGAUGACUAUUGUAAGUAUUGUGUACCAUGCCAAGAACGGUCUACUCUUAGACCUAGAGAGCCACUUCACCCAAGGCAUGCGACAUUUCCCAUUGAAAGCUUCCUGAAAACUUGGAGGCGACAGGACCUCGAGACUGAUCUGACCUUUGAGGAACUGCUGGAUUUGAGGGCACGACAGAUCGGCGUUAUUGAGGAUAGGAUUGAAGAGGCAGCAAGUAGAACCGCGGACAGCCGUACCAAGGACAAGUUCCGGUGGGACAAGAUGGCGAGGGUAAGAAAGAAGCCUCUCAAGGUGGGAAACAUUGUGCUGUUGCUUGAUACCGCUUGGGGCAGCCAUGCCAAGAGGGAGGGGAGGGGCAGGGCCAGUGGAAACCCCUUUGGGGGCAACUCGACAGAGGACGCAGAUGAGGACCAGGAGAGAGGACAGGCCUCCAGUCUUCCUGGGAGGGAACAUCGAGUUGUUCUUGAUGGAGUUCGAGCGGCAUGCACGAGAGUUUGGGUGGGACAGCACCAGGAUGCUAAGAGAGAUGAGCUCGAUACCCCAGGAGAGCAGAGGGUGGGGAGCUUCCUUUUGUUCGUGAGGCCCCACAUCAGACCCUUUGUUCGAUCUAUCGUAGCAUCUGCCAAGAACUGGGGGCACUGCAAGAAGCUGCUAUGCAACUAUUAUACUCUAGCUCGUCAGGCAAGUGAGAGGAGAGGUAUGGAAAAAAGGAGAAGGGAACCUGAGACAGAGGCAAGGGGAACCUUUGAGCAGGGCGCGUCACCAGGGGCUCAGAGGGAGGAAAGGAGGAAGGAACACAAGUCCCACCGACAUGAGAGAGCAGAGGGGUCCGAUGGUUCAGACGCACCUCCACAACCUGCUCAGAGGGAAAUGGAUGGCCUCAUGCCUGAUGCAGAGCCAGACAUCCCUCACGAGAUGCAUACGCAAGAGCUGAGGGAGGAACCGUCUGGUGAUGAAAAGGAGCUGGACAGAGAAGUGAGGGCGGCAAGGGAGCUGGAGAUCAGGACUCAACUCCGAAAGAAGAACCUGGCAGAACUGCAUGAGAGGAUGCAGCAAGGAAAGACGGCUGAGGAGGUGGAGGACAGAGAGGCACUAGCAGAGGAAGGCACGAAGGUCGGAGAGCUUGAGUGGAGGUUACCUGCUGGCCUGACACUGGAACACGAGCCGGCAGUACCACAGGAGGGACCACCAGUUGAGGCAAUGAGAGCUGGGGAGGUUCGACCUGCUAUUCGGAAAGAGACUGUGGGACAGCAGGAGGGUCACGAGAGUGUGGGCCGGAUCAUGGCUGAGACUGAGCAGAAAGUGGACCUGAGGGACUUUCAGGAGUCAACCAUGCUUCAGGAGGUGCCAGUUGUUACAGAUUUGUGGGAUGUACUGGGAUCUUGGGUCACUGGGUCAGGGCCAGAGGGGCGUGUUGGGGAGCUGGGGAUGCCAGCAGAUGACAGAGCAACCUGCCCCGCUUCCUCAGGGGUCCUACAGCAGGAGGUUACGAGCAAGAUCUCAACAACCCCGUCAUCUGUACCCUCGUUGGAAGGAGACAAGAUGUCCCAGAAGAAACUUGGCAAGUACUUUUAUUGCAAGAGGGGCAAACAUCGAUCAGACGAUUGCCCCAAGAGCCUCAAGGACGAGGCAAAUGGAUUGUGAACCAGAGAGUCAUCGGGGGUAUGGAGAGAUAGAAAUGGAGUCCUAGUUCCUAAGACUCGU